UAACUGUCAAUGUCAAAUGUCAUACCAUUAUCUAGUAACUAUUGUGAAAAAUAAAACUGCUAACAAGCUAAUUAAAUAAGGUUAAAAUAAUUAAAACGAUAAACUUUAACUCAGAAUGACACAAGCACUGCCAAAUCCCAACACACUAUUGCCACUUGAACUCGUGGACAAAUGUAUCGGAUCCAGAAUUCAUAUUAUAAUGAAGAAUGACAAAGAAAUGGUGGGAACAUUGCAAGGUUUCGACGAUUUUGUAAAUAUGUUACUAGACGAUGUGACUGAGUACGAAUCGACACCCGAGGGAAGGAAAAUUACAAAGUUGGAUCAAAUAUUGCUCAAUGGAAACAACAUAGCGAUGUUGGUGCCGGGAGGUGAAAUGCCAGGCGAUUCUUACGAUGGUCAAUGAUAAACAGUGCAGUAGUUUAAAUAAACGUAAUUAUAAGGAAA